AUGGCUCGCCUAGAUAACCCUCUAUCAACUCGCCCAACAGCACGGAGAAAAGAUCCUGCUUGUGGUACAUGCCUAUCUGGCGAAUCAGAGAACAAAGCAAGUACUAAGGACUCUAUCAAAAUCCGAACGUCGUUUCAAGAGUCUUUACUCUCGGCCGAGUCAACUGAUGCAAACUUCCCAAUUUUCGACCCUCGCCAAGCACUUCUUGAUGCUUCGGAUCCUUCUCCACUCCUGUCACCAAUCUUUACUUUGACUCCUGUUGAGUCGCCUCCUCAGUUGUCGAUUGCGCAGGUCGAUUCUAUUCUGAUAGCGGCUAGUGAUAUUGAUCUCGACAGCGAUAUUAUUGCGAACCAGUACAUAAUUUAUUACUUUGAUCAGAUACUAAGCGAGCACCUAGCUAUACAUGUACCCGGCUUGACCAACCCGUUCCGGGAAUAUGUUCUUCCACUUGCGCAUAAGCACCAGGGCAUCCUCCACGCUUUGCUGGGACUUUCGCUAUGCCAUAUGUACAGCAGUGGAAAUUGUAAUAGUCAGGAUUUAAUCUCCGCGUCUCUCGGAUAUAGACUGUCUGCUAUAAGAUCAGUUGCGGCUUUGUUGCUUCAAGAGGAAACGUCCAUGCUUACACGCAUCGAAGAAGAAUAUCUUCUAGCUAUGGUGUUAUUACUAGUGCUACAUGAUAUCUGUGAAUCCGGUGUCUCUACACAUGGCGCUCAUCUUACUGGGAUGUCGUUUCUUUUUAAGCGCAUGGCAUGUGAGAACGAUAUCCCGACGCGGUCCAAGGCAGGAAUAUUCCUCAUAUCCGCGCUAUCUUGGCUUGAUAUGCUCCGAGGUUUCAGUGGUGCUGAGAAACUUUCCUAUUCAGAAGACGUUCGAGAGUGCGUGAGAGACCACGGGAGUCUAAGCCUUCACACGUUGGUCGGCUGCCCGCCGGUUAUCUUCUUCAAGAUAGGCCAAGUGCUUGAAGGUGGUAAAUUGUAUCUCGCGGAUGACCUUACACUUCAACAAUUCCAGAAAUUGCUUGAUAGUACUGAGACGUUUCUAAGAGGCUGGGAUCCUGGACAAGCCGUUUAUCCCACUGCUCAUCGAGAAUGGCGACAGUUGGCCGAGGCCUAUCGCCAUGCCUGCCUCCUUCGCAUCAUGCGUUUCCCUGAUACUUUCGCAGUACCAUGCGAUGAUCCUCGAAUCAAGGCAUCUGUCACAACAAUCCUCGAUAUCUGUGCCGCCAUGCCCUCAGACAGCGUCUUUUAUAAACGACUUCUCUUCCCGCUAUUCUUGGCUGGCGCCGAUACUUGUUCACCGCAUCAAAUGCACUAUGCCAGUCUAUGCAUCGACAACAUCAAACGUUCUACGGGCUUCCAGCACCCAGCAAUGACGGAAGUACUAACCAAAGUAUGGGAGGAGCGGCGGACGAAUCCCCAUGGCUGGUCCAAUGUUCCUUGGAUGGAAUAUGUAAAGAAGAACCAAGUCGAGUUAGAGAAGUCCUCCAAGCUGGCAAAUGUUCCCCACUGCGAACAAUACGAGAGAAUGAUUUCGGGCAUGCUUUACGACUCACUCAUUCCGAAACUUACAAAUGCUCGUCUGGCUGCUCGAAAGGCCAUGAAUGAAUACAAUACUUGGUUCCCUACAGGCGAUGACUUCAAUAUUGAAACCAUCACACAAAGACGAGCUGAGAUGCUCAAGUCUUUCCUAGGUCAUGUAGCAGAUGAUGAGGUUUUCAUCGAGCCUCCCUUCAGAGUCGACUACGGACCCAACAUGUCUGUCGGCAAGAGAUUUUACGCCAACUUCAAUCUGACAGUAUUAGACUCUGGAAUUGUAUCAAUCGGCGAUAGAGUCAUGAUUGGACCUAAUGUUAUGAUUUCGACGGCGACUCAUGAGACUGAGGUUGCUAGUCGAAGGGCCAAUAUCGAAUAUGCUUACCCCAUCACUAUCGGCGACGACUGCUGGAUUGGAGGCGGUGUUACUAUCUUGCCGGGCGUCACAAUUGGAAAUGGAUGUACUAUAGGAGCAGGAUCUAUUGUCACAAAGGAUAUACCUGCGUGGAGUGUUGCCUUGGGAUCGCCAGCCAGGGUCGUUAGAAAAGUUGAAGAGUUGGGCGAAUUCGAGGAAGAUGUUAAGCAGAAUGGGACUACCAGUGGGUAA